AUGAAGCUCCAGGUCUAUCCUUGGACUUUGUCUCUACUUCUUGCUCUUCUCACUGCAGUUGAUGCAGCACCAGCCCGAAGAAGCAGCAACCCCCCUUUGAGAGGAUCGGAGGCGCUUGUCGGAUACUCUUCCACGGAAAAGGUCGCCAGCGGAACCCAGCCAGAUAUCAAGUAUAGCCUUCUACCCGGCCAGACAGUCAGCCCGGAUAUCGGUGCCUAUCUAGACUUUGAGAAAGUCGAGAAUCCCCAGCCUAUUCGAGGCUCGACAGGCAGCGAUGAUCCCGGACCCCGGAACUAUGCCUAUGAUCGAAUCAACAGUGAUAAGCUGGCACCCCCUGGCACCGAUAACGGUCAGACUAUUAACGCCCAAUGGCCUAUGGGUCUGAGUCAUAACCGACUUGGUAUCGAUAAUGCCGGAUGGGCUCGUCAGGAAAACACGGUGGUGAUGCCGGCUGCAACCGAAAUGGCCGGAGUUGACAUGCGUCUGGAACCCGGUGGUUAUCGUGAACUGCAUUGGCACGUUGCUGCAGAGUGGUCUUUAGUGCUGAAUGGCUCUUGUCGUAUUCAGGCAGUCAACACGGAUGGACAGACAUUUGUGGAUGAUCUUUCUGCAGGUGAUGUUUGGUUUUUUCCGCCAGGAAUUCCCCACUCGAUUCAAGCACUAGACGACGGUGUUGAGUUUUUACUUGUUUUUGACCAGGGUGACUUUGAUGAGGAUAAUACCUUCUUAGCCACAGAAGUUUUCCUUCAUACUCCAAAAUCGGUCCUAGCCAAGAACCUCGGCGUUUCUAUCUCAGCCUUCGAUGAUAUUCCAGACGACGAGCUCUACAUUUUCGAAGGUACUCCAGCGCCAGCAGAUAUCGAGAAGCAAAACGUCACAACUCAAUCCGGUGUUAUUCCCCGGACUGAAAGCUACUCCUACCAUUUCUCCGAGCAGACCGCGCACGAAGUUGCUGGCGGGUCAGUCAAGAUCGUGGAUCCUCUCACCUUCCCGAUUGCCAGUAACUUCUCUGCUGCUAUUGUCACUGUCCAUCCUGGUGGCAUGCGCGAAAUUCACUGGCACCCGACGAGUGAUGAGUGGACUUUCUUCAUCCAGGGCCAAGGCCGUGCGACAUUGUUUUCUGCACCUGAUGCUGCCACAACAUUUGACUACCGCGCUGGUGAUGUUGCGUACUUCCCGCAGUCAAACAGUCACUAUAUCGAGAACACUGGUGACGAAGAUCUGAUGUUCUUGGAGGUGCUUCAAGCAACCCAAUUCACUGAUAUGGCUCUUGGCCAAUGGAUUGCAUCCACUCCAAAACAGAUUGUGAAGGACACCUUGAACUUGAGUAACAGUACCCUUAGCAAGCUCAAGACGGAAAAGCAGUAUGUCGUGGCUGGCUCGACAAACUAG